AUGGACUCUUCUAGCUGGAAUUCUGGAAAUUCUGCAGAAGAGCAACUGGGAAACCGCAGCGAGAAGAGAGGAAUGACCAGAAUUGAGAAUAAUAUGGCUGGAAUUGGUAACGCUGAGAAGUAUGAACAGAAACCUGUUUGGCGUGAACUGUUGAGUCCUUCUCCUGCACUUCGCCGUAUGCUAGUUGCUGGUUUUGGAAUCCAAUGUUUCCAACAGAUCACGGGUAUUGAUGCAACCGUAUAUUACAGCCCCCAGAUCUUCAAAGUAGCGGGUAUUGCUGGUAACUCGAAGCUUCUUGCUGCAACUGUUGCUGUGGGAGUUACAAAGACUGCAUUUAUAUUAGUUGCUAUUCUUCUUAUAGACAAACUUGGAAGAAAGCCACUGCUAUAUAUAAGCACAAUUGGUAUGACUAUCUGUUUGUUUUGUUUGGGACUUACUCUAUUAUUGUUGAAGCACACACCUUUCGGGAUUGGAAUGGCGAUACUGUUGGUUUGUGGAAACGUUGCUUUCUUUUCAGUGGGAAUUGGUCCUGUUUGUUGGGUUUUGACAUCGGAAAUCUUCCCUUUAAGGCUGCGCGCCCAAGCAGCAGCACUUGGAUCUGUGGGUAACAGAGUGUGCAGUGGUUUGAUUGCCAUGUCUUUUCUCUCCAUGGGACGUGCAAUUACAAUGGCUGGAACUUUCUUCAUUUUUUCAGCAGUUUCAGCCGUUUCUGUUGCCUUUGUUUACGCACUUGUUCCUGAAACAAAAGGAAAAUCACUGGAGCAGAUUGAGGCAUUGUUUCAGAGUGAACAUGAGCGGCAAGGGAGUGGAGUGGAGCUUAGAGAUGUUGAGCAGCUUGUGCAGAAAGAGUGACCCUCUCCAGGGAUCGUUUCUGACCCAACUCCAGUAAGUUCUUAUGGUUAUUGUAUCGAUGUGAGUACACAAAUGGAUGUCAUGUUCUAAGUUGUAUAAAUCAAGAAUUUCCCAGUUUCAAGCCUACAGGAAU